CCAGAAUUUGCAGAUUGCAGGUUGCAGACAGUUGCAGAUUGCAAAUGCAAUGCUGCCUAAGGGACAUGUCGGAGCCCUUAUCCAAUGGUCAGCUUGGCUCAUGUGCUGACCCCUUCCCGCGUCUUCUGUCACGGUCAAUGGCGGGCGUCAAGCAGAAGAAUGGCUGAAGACUCUCCCCUCUACACCUACUUCUUUGGAGUUGGCGCCCCUCCUUCUCUCGGUCAGCAGCUGCAGCGGCGUCUGUCUGAAAUCGAUGUCGACCACGAGCAAAGAAACGGCAGAAGGCUAGCCGGAGCAUGGGAACCUGCGAGCAAUUACCACAUGACUCUUCUAUACCUAGGCAGCCCGACAUAUCUUCCCGCAUGGAAAGUCGCACGCGCCACGGAGGUGCUGGAGACUUUCGAACCAUUUGAGCUGAGACUGUCGGGGGACUUUGACCUGUUUGGGCGUGCGCGCAACAUUGCGGUGGCUUUGGUGGAGGAUGGGGGAAUGCUGACCAGGAUACAGAACGGGCUUCUGGAGCGGUUUGCGGAGUCGGUUGAUGAGGAGCCGGAGGGGGAGGUUGAUCUGAGGGAGGUGGGGAAGUUAGCGGACAUUCUGAAGAAGCGGAGGGGUGUGAAGGCGCAUCUCACGGUCCAGAGAAACACGGUGAGGGGGUGGCCGAAGAAAGAGUAUAAGGUGACCGACUGUGAUCCCUGGGUGGUGGAUGCUGUGCACCUUUACAGAGGAUCUAGUAUAGUGGAAGAUGGAAGAAAGCGGAGGGUGUACGAGGUGGCUGAGUCGAUACCUUUAGCGGGGAAGGGCGCAAAGCCGCCCACGGAAGUGUACAUAGAUCAGAUCUCUGGCAUGCGCUACAGCCUCAAUGGCGUGUAG